AUGUUACUGCGGAAGGUUACGGUAAGUACGCUAAGGUUGAGGUCUAUUUUAUUAAGGCCGUCAUUAUUAUCAUGGGCAUGCCAUCCAUCGGCUUGGCAUGUAUUGGUGGAUUUGGAGGCGGUGGCCAAUCUUGCUGUCCUCCGCAUUCCGGCCCUAUCUGUGGGUCCUCGGCUCCAUCGUGCGGUGGCGGGUGAGUAUAAAUAUAAAAUUUUGGAAAAUCUUUCCUUAGGUAUGGGUCUUCCUACAGUGCGCCACAGUAUGCUGCCCCUCCCCCAGCCAACUAUAAUCCUCCACAGAUAGCCUAUCCCGCUGCUCCCCAACCUCAACCAUUGCCAGCACCCCCGCAAGGUCCGUCAACUUAUGGUAGUGCGUAUUUAUCUGUACCGCUACCACCGCAAGAUUCGUAUCAACAACAGCCGGGACAUUACAUAAAUAGUAAUAAUCAUCCUCACGGACCAUCUGGUGGGAAUUACAAUAUCCCAUCCAACUUUUCUCCUCCAGGGCAUGUACCUCCAUCAGUUGGUGUAGGGAAAGCCACUUAUUCGUCUUAUAAAAACGCCCAUGUCAAGAUCGGCGACGAGAAUUCGCAUAUGAUUCAUGAACCUUUCGGAAACGUUGAGGAAGAAGAAAAAGACAUUUCGAAUGGACGACAAAAACAAGUUGAAGGCUCCAAAAAACACCAAGAAACAAAUUCUGAACCAACAGAUGAAGACAAAAGUAAGAAACCAGAAAAGGAUGAAGGACCAAUCGAAAUUACGGAAUCUUCUAUUUCUGCCGUCAGUAGACCUGAUGCAAGCGUUCGAGAAUACGGAGAAGAAGAACACUCAACAGGAUACAAGUUCAAAUCAUAA